AUGAAAAAGAAAAAAUCAGAGAAAUCACAUAAAUGUAUGAUGGUGAAUUCAAAUGUCAAUUGGGAAGACGUGUAUAAUAAAUGUCAUAAUAAAGAAGGGAAAUCAUGUGAAGAAUCAGAUAAUGUAGAUAAUUAUUUAGAAAAUCUUAGAACUUUUUUGGAUAAAUUAUAUUCUGAAAAAAUAAGUGGAGUUACGCUUAAAGCACAAAAUUGCAUUUCAUUCAAGGAAUGGAUUUACAAGAAAAAAAUGUGCAUAUGUGAAAAAGUUAAAGCUGAUAACGAGAAGUUGAUUCAAUUAAAAAACGUUUUUAAUAUACCAUCUAAUAUUAGUACAAAUUUCCCUGUCUGCUUCUAUGAGGAAGAUACAAAGAAUGUAUGCUAUGGAUCAUCAUCAAAUGAAAGUGCCUAUUUGUCGUCAACAGAAAAAUAUCCUGUUACAUAUGAUGCACUGAUAAUAAAAUUAGUUUAUUCUAUUUUUUUUCCGCUUCUAACCGUAUAUUCUAAAAUAAAAACGUUUCUAUAUAAUAAAUAUAUAAAGGUGUGUUCAAUAAAAAAUAAUAUGAAAAAAGGUUAUUCCUCUAAUAAUACCGAAGAAUUUUUCUUAGGACCCGAAGGGAAAAGAAUUAAUAUACAAUACCUAUCUAAGGAGUAUGCAUAA